AUGUCGAAUUCAACCCCGGCUUCUGGUGGGAAUCCACCUUCAACUUCAACACCCACAACUCCACAACAACAUAGGAAUAAUUCAGGUGCCAUCAUGACCAAUAAUACAACUUCCUCCCUAAGGACGAUUUCACCCUCUAAUUCAACAUCACGAAUGAAGAAACUAACAAGUUCCACGAACGGCACAAAACACGCCACAAUCGCAACCCCUCCAAAAUCGUCUCAUGGAAAUAGCAAUUCAAACACAUCACCAUCAUCUAUAAAAUCACCCGGAUCAAUUUCAUCUGCAACUAUGAACGCUGGGAGUGGGAAUAAUGUACUUCCUACAUCUGCAACUUCUUCAAGCUCAGCUCCAACCGGUACAAGAUCCAGAUCUCGUUCAUUAACACAACCUCAUUCGGGAGUUCAUUCAAUCAAUACGCAAUAUCUUGCCCAGGAGAAGGCAUAUCUACGUAAAAUAAGGAAUCAAUUCGUGGAUGAUUAUUAUACGAAGGGGAUAAGUGGAGCCAAUGAAUAUCUUCGUGAUUUUUCUAAUGAUCGUGAAUUGGGGGGAAAAAGAAAACGGAAUAAUGAGAUAUACGAUGAUAAUGAAGAAUAUGAAUAUGGAGAAGAAGAAGACGAGGAGGAUGAGGAUGAUGAUGAGGAGGUUGAUUUUGAUACUUCGAAUGAAACUAUUAAUGAUAAUAAUGCAAGUUUAUUAUUAGUUGAUAUGGAUGAUCAUGAGAAAGAUCAAAUUGAUUAUUCAUUGGCACUUUCAUUAAUGAAGAACACAAAUCUUAACAAUAUAUCCAAUAAUAAAAGCAACAAAUCAAAACCGCUUUCAAGAUUAAGUAAGGAUGAUACUGACGACCCGGCGGUUAUUGAACGUUUGGAAUGGCAAUCAAUGUUAACUGCAGUUUUAACAGGUGACGUUGUUCGGUCGGAAAAAACCAAAAUAAUCAACAAUAGUAAUCCCGACAGUUCCCAGGAAUCAUACAUCCAUGCAACAUUUAAGGAUAGUCUUUGGUUUGGUAUAAAUGCCAAAUUAUUCAAUCGUACCGAGGAUGAUCAACGGAAAAUAAUCGCCUAUAGAAGAACCUUAGUUGAUCAAUUGAUUGAAGAUGUGAUGAAAUUCGAAAUAAAUUAUCAAGAACCAGUACGAAACCAAGUUGAAACUAUAUUAUCGAGAUAUGAUGAAUCAUGUUCCUUAUGGAAGACUUUGGAAGAUAUGAGAAAUGAUAAACCUGCUUGUCGUAGUAUUGAAUUUCAAAAUCGAAUAGAUGCCUUGACUGCUUGGUUAUCCAUUACCGAUGCUAUUAUGAGAGAAACUAAGUCUUUGAAAUUAUGGAUCGGGAAUGAUGAAUUGGAUGUUACAAAGAGUCCAGUAGAGCCACUUUCAAGUGGUAGUUCUACUAGUAGUGGUGGCAAACUGAUGAAGAAGAUAUUUGAUGAGGAUAAUAAAUCAUUAGCUGAAAGAUUAAUGAAAGAGAAGGAUGUACAUACGAUUUUCCGGAAAAGAAUAUUUAAACCAAUAUCCCCAUGGAUGAUAAAAUCUAAAGAUACAUAUAUUCGUCUUGGAACGAUAUUUGAAACUUUGAAAUUACCUGAUUAUAUUCAUGAUUUAAUUGAAAUAUGUAUUAUUCCGAUGAAAUUAAUUAAAGAGAUUAUAAAUGUUAGAUUAAGUUAUGCCAUGAAAUUACAUAAUCCUACAUUAAUGAUGAUUGAUCAAAUGAUUGACGAUUUUAAAUCAUACAUCACCAUUGCAUUGGAAGUCAAGACUGGAAUCCUGGAAUAUAUCAAAACCGACGAACUGCGAAAUUGGAUACUUACCGACUUAUUUGACAAUGAAAUCACCGAUUUCGACACCGUGGUCCUUCGAUGUGUAAGAUAUUUCCUCAUUUUAUUAAAUCGAAAAUUAUUAGAUAGUUCCCGAUCUCCAACAACUUUCCGAACAUUCAAAGAACCGGAUGAAUUAGAAGAAGCUUGGGAAUUCUUACAACCCCUUGGAUUCCAUAUUGAUGGUGGUAGCGUGGUGGUGGCUGAACAAAUCACAUUGCUUACUCUGAAACUUAUCCAUCGUCUCUUGGCUUAUUUCAACACUCAGAUCAGAUCUCCACCUAAUGGGACCCAGGAUUUAAUGAGAUGGUAUAGUUCUACUACUGAGAAUUUUGGACAAUUGAGAAGAAAGUUGGCGAGAUUUACAGGGGGGAUUUCGAGGGAUUUUACAAAUUCGUUGGUGUUUGAUAUACCCAAUCUGUCACUUAAUAAUAAUACAAAGACGUUAUUGGAGAUUUUGAAAUCAAGUAAUCAUUUCUUGGUAUAUACGGGGACAUUAGAAACUCAAGGGACAUAUUUCUUUGCUAGUCCUGAUUUGUUGGGUAAAGAACUGGAAAUUUUGAAAUUGAUAAAUGGAUCAUAUAUCGGAUUGAAUAAUAAACGACUGCCUGAUUUUUCGAAUUUAUUGAAUUUGAUUACUGUUAAUUCUGAGAAUUCCAUCAAUAGUGGAGAUGAUGAUAGUCGUGAAGAUUUGGAUAGAUUAGAUAUGAAUGCAUAUUAUUCAUAUGUGGUGGCUUUGUGUCCUUUGAAACCUAUUGUUUGGGAAGGUCCUGUUGUGAACGUGACAGUUGAUUCCGUACCUAUAACUGAUGUAAAAAAUGGUCAAUUGUUGCUUAUUACAAGAUUACCUUAUUUCGAACUACAUAUUAUCCGGGACCAUUUCUUAGAUCUCAUGAAUGAAGUAUUUAUGAUUCCUGGAGGGAUGAAACCGAUUGAACAACGAUGUUCAUUAGCAAAAGUCCAUCAUGAAUUAACACGAACUAAUAAGACUUUUUUCAAAAUGGGCUUAGCUGUUUUAGAUUCAGUCAAGAUAGUGAAAGAAAAAGUUAAGAAAUUAAAUCCUCGUGAAGGUGAAUAUCAAACUUUGAUAAAUAAUUUAUUUAUUUAUGCUCGAGAUUAUGGGAAAAAUACAAUUCGAAAUUUAGAUUCAAGUCGAAAAUCUACCAUUAUUAUGAAAUUAAUUCAACUUUCUAUAGAUUGGGUCAGUUUUAUUUGUGAUGAUUGUAUCCAUACUGACCGGAAAACAUUCAGAUGGUGUGUUCUUGCAUUGGAAUUUGCCAUGGAUAUGACUAGAGGAUUUAAUGUAUUGGUUUUAAAUGAAGCACAGUUUUAUAAAUUAAAAGCAAAAGUUGCCAGAUGUAUGUCAUUAUUAAUUUCCCACUUUGAUAUUAUGGGAGCUAGAUCUAGUGAGGCAGAAAAGAAUAAAUUACUUAAAUGGACUAGUCAAAGACAUCAACAAGGAAUUGGUAAUUCAGAAGAUGAUGAAUAUAUCGCCAAAGUGUAUCACGAAGAAUUAAUGUCUCACAUCAAUGAGAUUGAAGAAUAUAGACGAGAUUUGCAAGAACAAUUACUGUCGGUGGGACGAGUCUUGGAUGUUACUGACCUGGAAUAUCAAUUUGUCACAUUAUUAGCCUCGUCGUUUUCUAGUGUUUCUAUAAGAUGGCAAAAGGGGAGAUUUAUAGGAGGUGGAACUUUUGGACAGGUAUUUUCGGCGGUCAAUUUAGAUACUGGUGGAGUUAUGGCAGUUAAAGAGAUUAGAUUCCAUGAUUCGCAAUCAAUCAAGAAUAUCGUGCCUUCAAUCAAGGAAGAAAUGAAUGUUUUAGAAAUAUUGAAUCAUCCAAAUGUUGUACAGUAUUUUGGAGUUGAGGUCCAUCGUGAUAAAGUGUAUAUCUUUAUGGAAUAUUGUGAAGGUGGAUCACUUUCGGGAUUGUUGACUCAUGGAAGAAUUGAAGACGAGAUGGUUAUUCAAGUAUACACAUUACAAAUGUUGGAAGGAUUGGCCUAUUUACAUCAAUCAGGAGUAGUUCAUCGUGAUAUCAAACCGGAAAAUAUCUUACUUGAUCAUAAUGGUGUCAUUAAAUUUGUUGAUUUCGGAGCUGCUAAGGUCAUAGCCAAUACUGGUCGUACUCGAGGUGGAUCAGGAAUGGCUACUAAAUCAUUACGUACGUCCUUAGCAGAUCCCCACAACCCUGGAAACAACAAUCAUCUUAAUUCAAUGACAGGUACACCGAUGUAUAUGUCACCAGAAGCAAUUACUGGUACCUCAUCUCCAGCCAUUGAUCGUAGUGGAGUGAUUGAUAUAUGGUCAUUAGGAUGCUGUGUAUUAGAAAUGGCUACUGGAAGAAGACCUUGGGCUAAUUUGGAUAACGAAUGGGCAAUAAUGUAUCACAUUGCUGCAGGACACAAACCGCCUUUACCUUCGCCUGAUCAAUUAAGUGAUGGUGGUAGGAACUUUGUAGCAAGAUGUUUGGAGCAUGAUCCAAUGAAACGUCCUAGUGCGGUGGAAUUGUUGAGUGAUCCUUGGAUGGUUUCUAUUAGGCAGCUUGCGUUUGGUACUGGAAGUGGUGAUAUGCUGAGUAGUACGCCAUCUUCAGAAACUGGUGGUCUUAUUGAGACAAUGAAUUAG